AUGGAGCCAGUAACAGAAGUGUUUCUGAAAACUGAAGAUGAUCGAGCAGCUGCGCAGUGUGAAUUCUGUAAAAAGUUUUACCUCCCAGCUUCUGUUGUGCGUAUAAAAAAUGUUCUGAUGGGGAAGCAGCUAUACCAGUGUAAAAAGUGCCUGCAUGGCACACCGGAUUCUACCACUCCUGAAUCAUCUGCAUGUAGUACUGAUAGUCCGGAUACUCUGACUAAAAAGUUAUUUUAUUGUGGAGAAUGCGGUAGUGGUAUCACUCAGAGGGGACAUAUCUACAGGCACAUGAGAAUACACACAGGUGAAAAAAAUUACCAAUGUGAGCUCUGUUUGAAGUAUUUUACCCGUCCUCGUAACUUGGAGGAGCACAUGCGAAGACAUAGAGGAGAGAAACCAUAUCCGUGCAGCCGUUGCGAUAUGCGUUUCAUAUCAUCGUCAGAUAGAACAAAACAUAUGCUCACACAUACAGGCAAGAGACCACAUCAAUGCAAGAAAUGUGGCAGGCGAUUCGCCGUCUCGACCGGGCUUGCUUCGCAUAUGAUGACUCACACUGGUGAGAAGCCAUACCUAUGUGAGCAGUGUGGAAUGGCAUUUUCAAAAUCAACGUCUUUGAAAAUGCAUCUGCUGACACAUUCUGAAGUGAAGCCGUUCCAGUGUCGGAUGUGUCCUAAAAGUUAUCCCACGAACAGGCUGCUGGAAAGACACAUGAACAGUCACACACGCGAAACCCUUUACAUGUGCAUGGAGUGUGGUAAGGAUUUCUCAACAAAGACCGCUUACGAGAGCACGCAAAGUGCCACUCCGGUGUUCGGCCACAUGUAUGCGAAACCUGCUUCAAAGCAUUCAUUACCAAAAAACAUCUGCAGCGACAUUUAA